CUUUUCCGGUGCGCACACUGCCGUUCGUGCGACCCACCAGAAGGAUCCGGAAGGAAACGACGCCACCACGAAAAAGGAGCCGGUGGCAGCUGGGUUUCUGCGCAGGUGCUGGGGCUGUAGGCGCCGCGCGGCCGGCUGGUUGCGGCUCGCAGGGAGGACGCCGGCGCUCGCCUUCCCUCCGCUGCCCCCGCCGCUGCCAUGAUUCCGGUAUCGCUGGUGGUGGUGGUGGUGGGCGGCUGGACUGCCGUCUACCUGACCGACUUGGUGUUGAAGUCAUCUGUGUAUUUUAAGCAUUCUUAUGAAGACUGGCUGGAAAACAACGGAUUGAGCAUCUCCCCUUUUCACAUAAGAUGGCAGACUGCUAUUUUCAAUCGUGCGUUUUACAGUUGGGGACGGCGGAAAGCAAGGAUGCUUUACCAGUGGUUCAAUUUUGGAAUGGUGUUUGGUGUAAUUGCUAUGUUCAGCUCUUUUUUUCUUCUGGGGAAAACGCUGAUGCAGACUUUAGGCCAAAUGAUGGCUGACUCUCCCGCUUCUUAUUCUUCCUCCUCUUCUUCCUCCUCUUCCUCUUCCUCCUCUUCCUCUUCUUCCUCCUCCUCUUCAUCCUCUUCCUCUUCCUCACUUCACAACGAACAGGUGCUACAAGUUGUGGUUCCUGGCAUAAAUUUACCCGUCAACCAACUGACCUAUUUCUUCGCUGCAGUCCUCAUUAGUGGUGUUGUACAUGAAAUUGGACAUGGGAUAGCAGCUAUUAGGGAACAAGUUCGAUUUAAUGGCUUUGGGAUUUUUCUCUUCAUUAUUUAUCCUGGAGCAUUUGUUGAUCUGUUCACCACUCAUUUGCAACUUAUAUCACCAGUCCAGCAGCUAAGGAUAUUUUGCGCAGCCAAAGCCUCAGAAGAGCCCUCGGCCAUGGCCUCAAACAACAUUUUCUACAUCAUGACAGAAAACUCGGAGAUGUACGCAGAUGCUGUGGAGCUGCACCAGAUCCCUGUGGAGACCGUCCCUGUGGAGACCGUCCCUGUGGAGACUGUCCCUGUGGAGACCGUCCCUGUGGAGACCGUCCCUGUGGAGACCGUCCCUGUGGAGACCGUCCCUGUGGAGACAAUGGCGGUUGAGGCAGCCAAGGAGUACGAAGACAUCAGCGGCAGCUGUGUCCACGAUGGCCACCACCAUACGUCUCUGCUCGUGCUGCAGCCUCUCAUUAUCAGCACCCCAAACCAAGGGGACUGCAACAAGGAAAUGAUCAUGAUGCAGAUGCAGGAGGAGGUGAUGGGCUACUACCGGUCUGAAGACCUGCAGGUCACCAACCUGGAGAACAAGACGGCCAUCCUGGCCGACGAAAACAACUGCUUCCAGGAGACCCUGGCUCCCUUGUCACCACCCUCCACGUCCUCCUCGGCCUACAGCCACAGCAGGAAGGACAGUGGCCAAGGCACAAAGCCCAGCGAUAAGAAUAGUUACGCCGGCGGCAAGGCCAGGGCGGCAAGCAGCUCCGAGGUGGGCAGCGAGAAGUGGGAGCAGGAGCAGGUGCACGUCAAAUCCCUGGAAGGCGUGUUCGCCGUCACCACGUGCUCCACGUGCGAUGAGAGAGGCCACGAGACUAGACAGGCUGCUGAGAAACGAACUCUUGGUUAUUCAGAGUACCUGACGGGGAAGAAGCUGCCUCCUGGAGGAAUUCCUGGCCUUGACCUCUCAGAUCCCAAACAAGUGGCAGAAUUUACUAGAAAGAAGCCCCAGAAAACCAAAGAAGAGCCGCCGAAAUCAAUAGCUUGCCCUAGCAAAGGCUGCAUGAAGAUGUUCAGGGAUAAGUCUGCUUUGAGAAAGCAUCUGCACACCCAUGGUCCCAGAGUCCACGUAUGUGCAGAAUGUGGCAAAGCUUUUGUUGAGAGCUCAAAACUGAAACGUCAUCAACUGGUGCAUACGGGAGAGAAGCCCUUUCAGUGCACCUUCGAAGGCUGCGGAAAAAGCUUUUCCCUGGAUUUCAAUUUGCGUACCCAUGUGCGAAUCCAUACCGGAGAGAGGCCCUUCAUAUGCCCCUUCAAUUACUGUAAUAAGACAUUUACUCAGUCAGCUAACCUGAAAACUCAUAUCUUAGCACAUGCUAAGAAUAAAGAUAGACAGUAAAAAGGAGAGAAGAAACUUCUCAGGCUCGGAAAGCAUCUUCCAAUAAUGUGAUGGGAAAUAAAUAUGCCUCUUUUUUGUGUACUGUUUCUAGAAAAGAAUUUUUUUAAUGACUCUAACACGUCUAAGGGUCAGGUUUUGAUAGGUUAGUAAAAGUAAAAUUUAAAAGAUAAAAAAAGUAAUUCUUUAUAUAAGAUAACAUUGUUAAGAUGUUCUGUCUUGUUCUGUAAUACAGUUUGAAAAACGUUAUGUUUUUGUAACAUUUGGUCACAAAAGGACAAUUCAUGAAGCUCACAUCAAAAGACUGUUGUUUAUACAACUGUGCUAAAAAUGGGACUUUUCACAUUCUUUUAAAUAUCAAGUUCGUCUAUUUAUGAUUUUAAAGUUAUGGAUUUUCUAAAUGUUCACAUUUAUACUUUUAAGAAUACGUUUAGUAGUUCUAUAUAUGGUUUUUCUGGAAGUAGAUAACGUUGGAGAUUUUCUUUAAAAGAAGGACAGUUACAUGCAUCUAUAAAGUAUUUUCCUGUUUAAAAAAGUUAUAUAGGUUUAGUUUGCCAUCUUAAUUUUGGUUGUAUUCUUUGACAUUAACACAUUUUGCAUAACUACCUUUUAGAUGCACUGGAUUGUGUAGUAUUGAAUAUUGGAUGGGAUGUAGUAGUCGAUUUAAACCUGUUUUAGUCUUUUUAUUUUCCCCCAAAUACUACCAGGUGCUGUCUUUUAGUGUCAUUUCUUUGCCUGUUUAGUUAAGGAGUGGUGCUCAGUUGUGGAAUAUGUUGUGUGUGUAUUGACUUUUUAAUACUUGGUACAUACAUCCCUUGUAAUAGAAAAAGCAAAAAAUAAAAUACCUGUUCUAAAGAAAGAAAAAAACUUGCCUAUAUAAAUGUUGUACCUAGAAAAUAGAGAAAACAGGGAGGGUACGACUGGCAUCUGGUGGGUAGAGGCCAGGGAUGCUGCUAAACAUUUUACAGUGCACAAGAUAGUCCCCCACAACAAAAAAUUAUCUGGCCCAGAAUGCCAGUAGUGCCACUGUUGAGAAACCCUGCUCUAGAGAAAGUAAAAAUUGUAACAAAAAUUUGUUUGGUAUACUCAAAAAGCAAAUCAUUAAUGAACAAGAGAUUGUUUAAAUAAAGGAAAUAAAGGUACCUGCAUUGCAAUUUAGCCAUCAUGGGCAAAUCUGGAAUCCAACAGGGUGGUCUGGUACCAGCUGCAUCCCUGACAAGAGAUAGGAGAGUCCAGCCCAGAGAGUCAAAGAAGCAGUGCUGCUGUGUGCCCCUCUGACUGUUGCUUGGAUGAGAAAAGCCAGGGUCGUAUGGUGGUGUCAUCCUGAUAAGGGAGAGGUCGGGUGCAACCUUUUAGGCCCUCCUGAGGGGUUAAGGGGAAAGUUGAAUUUAGCACAUGGUAAUGGUGGCAAAUAUAAUCAAUGGGGCUGGAUUAUUUUGUGAAAUUGUCUUGGGACUAGCAACAGGGUGGUGGGGUGGUAUAGCUGUAUUCCUAAUUAGUUUCACUAGAGUAAAUUCCAGUGGGUCAAAGAAUUAGAGAUUUUUUUCUGUUUGUUUUAAUUUUGUUUUUUAAAUGAUGCUAGGGACUUCCCUGACCAUCCAGUGGUUAAGACUGUGCUUCCACUGCAGGGGGCAUGGGCUCAAUCCCUGGUGGGGGAACUAAGAACCCGCAUGCCUCGAGUGAAAAUUAAAAAAAAAAAAAACCUAUGAAAACAAUACAAGAAAACACAGGUGAGUGUCUUCUGUAGUCUUGAACUGGGAAAGGCUUAAUACAAAAGGAGACAUUUGACCUCACCAAAAUUUAAAAUGUCUGCAUAGGCAAAACUAUAAACCAAGCCAAACAAACUGGAGGAAAUGAUUAUAAUACCUCGUACAGAAGAACAAAUUCCUCAGUGUAUGUAUUACAAAUAAUAAUAUAUAUAAAUUAGUUUAAGAAAAAAAAGACAACCCAGUCAAAAAAUGUAAACUGAUAGUGGAUAGAAGUAAGCAAUUCUCAGACAAAAAUACAAAUAACCAUUUAAUAAGCAUGAAAAAUGUACAAGCUCACUCAUCAUUAAAGAAAUAGAAAUCAGAAUGAGAUUUUACCUUUCACCUAGCAGAUGGCAGUCUAAAGUUAUGAUAGCAUCCCAUCCAGUAUUGUUCAGAGGGUGGGGAAACAUAUGCCACUUAGAAUAUAAUGCAAACUUGUUGGAGGUCAGUUUUAAUGCAUGUAUUUUUUGACCCAAUAAUUCCAUUUCUGUGCAAUUUUCCAUACCCUCAGAUGCAUUCUUAAUUAGAUGCAUAACAAUAUGAGCAAAGCUGUUUGUUGCAGCAUUGUAUGAAAAAGUUAAAACAGCCUAAGUGAUCAUUAGGAGGGAACCUUAUAAAUAAGUCAAUGUUUUUUUUUGAAAUGGAUUACUCUGUAGUGGAUAUAAGAAGUGGGUUAGAUAUGAAUGUGCAGGUGAGGAAGAAGUUGAAAAUACAUAAAUGAAAAAGCAAAAUAUAGUUUGUGAUAAAUAGCUUGAUACCAUUAGUGUUUUUAAAAGAUCUUUCUGGGGCUUCCAUGGUGGCACGGUGGUUGAGAGUCCGCCUGCCGAUGCAGGGGACACGGGUUCGUGCCCCGGUCUGGGAGGAUCCCACAUGCCGCGGAGCGGCUGGGCCCGUGAGCCAUGGCCGCUGGGCCUGCGCGUCCAGAGCCUGUGCUCCAUGGCGGGAGAGGUCACAUCAGUGAGGGGCCCGCGUACUGCAAAAAAAAAAAAAAAAAAAGAUCUUGCUGUGUGCAAAACAGAAAAUAUUGUUUACCCAAUAUGUCCUGGACUAGAGGAACAUUUUACAUUGUGAAUAUGAUCCAUAUUAGCUAGGUAUCUGGCUGCUGUAAAAGCUAAAAAUAGUAGUGACUUAAACUCUCAUAAAACAUUGCAAAUGUAAGUAGUUCAAUGCUGAUAUGAUAAUUCUAUGAUUUGGGGGACUCAGACUCUUUCUGUCUUAGCUCUACUAUUCCCAACAUGCAGCUUCUGCGUCAUGGACUCAGGUUUAGCUCCAUCAUAGCUACAUUCCAGCCAGUAAGACAAUCCCCAUCACUUCCACUUGCAUCCUUUUGCCGAAACAGUCAUAUGGCCAUACUCAGCCUCCUGAGAGUCUGGGAGAUGUCUUUUAAGUUAUGUUUCUAUCAUUAUAGAACACUGGUCCUCAACCACUGGUGCUAUCACCCUCCUGGGGAUAUUUGGAAUGUGUGGGGUGAGGGCAGUUGUUUGCUUGUCUCAGUGACUGGAGAACACUAAUGACUUUCAGAGGAUGGAGUCGGGAAUGCUAUAUGUCCUGUAUUGUAAAGGACAAGACCUGCACAACUAAGAAUCACACUGCUCAGAGAGUGGGUAGUGCUUCCACCCUGCCUUAUGAGAAAAACUGUACUAGAGGGCAAGGAUCGGUAUGGGAGGGGGGGUAAUCUAGAGGUAUGCUAGUGAAUGUUUAACAUCUAGCCCUGGAGGAGAGGGUGGAGAGCUCUGAUAUGUAGCAUUUGCUGGUUUCUGUGGUGUAAAUACUCCCACCGUGGCCAAUUUCAAAGCGCCAACUUGAAGUUCCUGAAGGAGGAGCUGGUUAAAGAGGCCCGGUCAGCUGUGGCAAGCUGGUAGGAGCAGGCUCCAGCACACCACUGGGUUCACCUUACCAUCUCUUCAGAGAUGGCAGAGAUAGUUAUAGUCUUGAUGU